AUGUUAAAACCUUGGAAACAACUGAGUUUAUUUUUCUUCUAUUCUCCUAUUCUAUUUUAUGGUAAUUGUUUAGGUACUGGAAUAACUGUUUUGAAAGCUCUGGAUGUUUUAAGAACUUAUAAUGUUCCUAUAGAAAAUGUAAUAUUGCUUACUUUAUUUGUAUCACCACAAAAUUCUUUGUUCCCUGAACGAUUCUAUAUUUCUUUAAUAUAAAGUCGUUUUGACAUGAUUUGUUUUCAAUUAUGAAUUAAUCUUGAAUCUAUUUUCCUCAAACCUGGCCUACCUCUCAGAUCAAUUCUUGAUAUGUGGAGAUCCUCUUACCAUUCUGUAGCAAAGUGGCUUGGUAAAUCGAGAACCCGUUAGAAAAUGUAUUUAUAUGAUGAACUCUCCUAUUAGCCACAGGUUUCGAACUGCUCUUCAUAUACUUCGGUUUCAUUAAGCCAAAUGGUAUUACUUAGCUUACUUACACAAAAUACAACUCAAAGCUAAGUAAGUAAACUAGUACUUUGUAAAUGAGUUAUGGUAUACUUAAUAGUGUAUUGCUCAUAUUAGUUAUUUACACCGAGAUUUCGAAGACUUCUAAUGAAAGUUUGUAGUAUUGACUAGGAUACUUUUGGAAUGAAAACAAACCCAUUCAUUCAUAAAAUCAGGUAUAACACAAAGUUUAUGAACUAUGAAAACGUAUAUUAAAGCAAGACUUCCGUUCAUUCAUUAUCACCUAGUAUUGACUGUUAGUAUUUAUCUACUAUAUAUACCAUGUGCCCCCAAAUGCUCUGGUACGGCCGAGAGUGCUCUCACAUGGCCACGAGUAUAUAGCCUCUGCCAGGGAAGUCCUACUCACUGCCUUCUCGUGGCGGUGGUGUUGUUCACGAAAAUGAGAGGACGGAAAGAGAAUUCCGACGCUU